AUGUUGAGUGCAAGGGUUUUAUUGAACAGGUCUCAAUUGCUGUGUAAGAGGCAAUGCCUCACUGGCGUUAGUGUUGGUCUUUCGAGGUGCUUUUCUAGUACUAGGAUGUCGCUCGAUGUGUCUCCAUUCCUGAUGCCAGCUAUGUCGCCAACCAUGGAGAAAGGUGGUAUUGUCUCGUGGAAGUUCAAGGAGAAUGACAGUUUCAAUGCAGGUGAUGUUCUGCUGGAAGUUGAGACGGAUAAAGCGCAGAUCGAUGUCGAGGCGCAAGAUGAUGGUAAAUUGGCAAAGAUCAUUCGAGGGGACGGCAGCAAAGAUGUGCUUGUGGGCGAUGUGAUAGCGUUCACCGCUGAUCCAGAAGACGACCUCUCCACUUUAAAGAUACCUGAGGUCACUGAGUCUAUGAAGCAGGUGUCAUCUGGGAGCGGCAAGGAGGACCAGAAGCCAGCUAAGUCUGAGGAGCCAGCUCCUCUUCAGAGGAAAGAGGGCAAAAACGUAAGUGAGUCAAAGACAGCCAAGUCUUCUGGUGACGUGCUCACGACAGCCGAUGCGUCUCAGACUCUGUUACCCUCGGUAGUAAUGGCACUAGCUGACAAUGGUAUCAGCAAAGAAGAUGCGUUGGCGAACAUCAAAGCAUCUGGGGCCAACGGUCGCAUCUUGAAAGGUGAUGUGCUAGCGUAUGCUGGCAAGAUUCAGCAGGACUCUGUGGUUAAAGUUGCGGAGUACGUUAACCGGAACCAGAAACUAGACCUGUCUAACAUUGAGCGUAUAGUGCUUGAGGUCAAUUCAGAAGAGGGAGGCGAUGGACAAGCACAAGCACAAGCACAAGCACAAGCACAAGGUCAAGGUCAAGAUUCAGGCAAGACUGGCAAGCUUGCCAAGCCAGCUCAAGUUGAGCCUAUUCGGAUACAGGAGGAGAUACUGUUGGAAGUGAGGAGAGGUGUUGACUUCACUAGGUUUGAGAGGGCUGUCCGUGAGUAUAUCGAUGAUAUUUACCAGUACACGCACGAGCAACCGUUGGAGAACACUAUGUCUGAGCGGUAUGACAGUCUAUUUGAGGAUCUCGUUACCGUUGACCCCAGGUCUGCGCGGUUUGAUGUUGAAUACAGUCUUUUAGAGACCACUGAUGGCUCAGAGGAUAUCUUUGACUUGUUGGGACCCGGUGAGGUUAAGGAGGGCAAGCAAGUGUACAGCUUAGAAGUGAGUGUUACGGUGAAUGACAAGUACGACGACGCUGUUGAGAAGGCCGAUCGGUUCAUGGAGUGUCUGAGACAGUUACAGUUUGAUGUAUAG